CUGAAGCUGAAGGGAUAAAACUGGCUGGGAAGGCCACGCUACACAGAAUGGUGGAUUCCAAGGUUGGUUAGAGCUAAUGAGGUGACCAACAUAAACAAAAAGCUAUGCUACUCCUUGUCCACCCCUGUAAGUCUCUCUCUUUUCCCGACUCCCCACCACCGCUUAACAUCUUCAACACACUAAGACCAACCAUCCCAAAUUACUCGAUUCCCAAACCUCCAACUCAUACCUCAUUUGGGUUUCCUACAAGACUCGUAAUUUCCAAGAUUUUUCCACUUCGGAGAAGUUCGGCCAUCGCGUUUUGCUCUAGGAAUGAUGUUUUCGAUGUUUUUCCGAGUACCCAUAAGGCUAACGGAGUGGAAAUGGAAGAAAACGAGGAGCUUGAGUUGCUAAACAAGCCUUCCCCAGUUCCUAUGGAUAAUGGGUCUGCUUCAGAAGUAGAUAAAGAAUCUGAAAAAAACGAGGCUUUAGCGCCUUUUUUGAAGUUUUUCACGCCAAGAGAUUCUGUGGAGGAAGUAGAAGAAAAGGGAGGUGAUGAAGUAGAAGUGUUUGAGGAGAAAAGUGAAGUGGGUGAUGAAAAUGAGGAGGUUGAGAAGGUUAGUGUUGAGUACUAUGAACCGAAACCGGGUGAUUUUGUGGUUGGUGUUGUUGUGUCGGGUAAUGAGAAUAAGCUUGAUGUGAAUGUUGGGGCAGACUUACUAGGUACAAUGUUGACUAAGGAGGUGUUACCUUUGUAUGACAAAGAGAUGGAAUAUUUGCUUUGUGAUACAAAUUAUGGUGCCGAAGAGUUUAUGGUUCGAGGGAAGAUGGGAAUUGUCAAGAGUGAAGCUGUGAGCGGGGCACCAAUGCCGGGGAAGUCUGUUGUGGAAACUGGAACUAUUUUGUUUGCUGAGGUUCUUGGGAGAACGCUCAGCGGUCGGCCCUUGCUUUCGACAAGGCGGCUCUUCCGCAGGAUUGCUUGGCACCGAGUGAGGCAGAUAAAGCAACUCAAUGAACCUAUCAGCGUUAGAAUUACAGAAUGGAAUACUGGAGGCCUUCUUACGAGAAUUGAGGGUUUGCGAGCUUUCCUUCCAAAAGCUGAGUUAAUGAGCAGAGUGAACAACUUUACGGAGCUGAAAGAGAAUGUGGGAUGCCAGAUGUAUGUGCAGAUCACUCGAAUAGACGAAGCCAAGAAUGACUUAGUAUUGAGUGAAAGGGAAGCUUGGGAAAUGUUAAACCUUAGAGAGGGAACACUCUUAGAAGGGACUGUUAAGAAAAUUUUUCCUUAUGGAGCCCAAGUCAGGAUAGGUGAAACUAACAGAAGUGGCCUGCUGCAUAUCUCAAACAUCACUCGUGCUCGAAUUACUUCUGUUGGCGACCUACUUUCUGUUAAUGAGAAGAUCAAAGUUCUAGUGGUGAAGUCGAUGUUUCCUGAUAAAAUAUCUCUCAGCAUUGCAGACCUUGAGAGCGAGCCUGGCCUCUUUGUAUCAAACAAAGAGAAAUUUUUUUCAGAGGCUGAAUUGAUGGCAAAAAAGUAUAGGCAAAAGCUGCCUGCUGUUCUAUCUCGUAGGUCAGAAUCCCCUCAAGUCAAUUCUCUACCUUUUGAUAGACUAAACAUGUAUGCAAAUUGGAAGUGGUUCAAAUUUGAAAAGUAAUGAAAACGAAGCCAAGGCUUAAGGUUGCCCUAUGGUAUCUGAAAUAUGAAGAGGACUGUUUGACUGCCCACCAUGCUUCUCACAUCCCUUAAGAGGAAGGGUAGAAGAUAUUUGUUGUGAAAUUAGUCAUUAAAGGGCCAUUUACUUCAUUUAGCUCGUGACCAAUUGGAAAAGGUACAGAAGCAAAAUGCACAAGAGUCACAGCAUGAAACCUGAUUAUCCCUUUGAGCAUUCUACCGAAUUUUGUAAAUCAUAUAAGUUCUUGUUUUUUACUUUUUUGUUUCUUUCUUUUUUGUAUGAGUUGCUAGCAUUGCUUAUAUUAUUGUUAGUUGUCACUUGUGGAACUGAUCAUAUUCAUUUACUCUUCCUGAGAGCUACAUUUUUUC